AUGGGUUCAUCAUCUGCACAGUCAUUUACAACCAUUCCGGUUCUCGACUUCUCGCUAUCGGCAUCGCCAGACACAAAACCUCGUUUUCUCUCGGAGCUGCGCAAUGCUGUGGUCAAUGUGGGGUUCUUCUAUCUCAUCCACACCCCGAUUGCGCCUCAUAUCCAGCAGGCGUUCAUCGAAAAAUCCCUCGCACUAUUUGAUCUGCCGCUGAAAAAGAAACUCGAGAUCGAAAUGGUCAACAGCAAGCACUUCCUGGGCUAUUCCCGUCUCGGUGCGGAGACGACCGCCUCCAAAACAGAUUACCGGGAGCAGUUCGAUUUUGCAACGGAACUUCCGGCACCUGGACCAGACGAGCCCCUCUACAGAAACAUUCGGGGACCAAACCAGUGGCCGGAUGAAGCCUCUAUCCCAGGCUUCCGGAAGGCCAUCGAAGCCUACCUGGCUGAAAUCAGUCCCCUGGCAGAGGCCUUCAAGUCCCUCAUUGCAGAAGCGCUGGAUCUCCCCUCAAACGCUCUCUACCCCUUCUUCGACCACCCUCCCCAGCACAAACUCAAACUCAUCAAAUAUCCACCACCCAGCAGCGCAUCCCAGGCGCAAGGCGUCGGCGCGCACAAGGACUCUGAAUUUCUCACCUUUCUGCUGCAGGCGACUCCUCACUCAGGGCUUGAAGUACAGAACAAGUCCGGGAAUUGGAUCCCAGCACCGCCGCUGGAUGGCUCGCUGGUGGUGAAUAUUGGACGGGCACUGGAGGCAGUCACUGGGGGAGUGUGUACGGCCACCACGCAUCGAGUCAAUCUACGGCCGGAGAAUUUUAUAAAUGCAGACGGAAAGCCACUGGGGCCGAGGUUCUCCUUUCCGGUUUUUCAGGGGAUGAGUCUCGAGUUGUGUGCGGAAGAUAUCCACCUGGAUAUUCCGGCGCAUAUUAGAGAGCUAGUCAAGGAUCAGCAGGUUCGGUCGGAUGCGGAGGCUACGUUUAAUAAGAAGUUUCAGGGGAAGACAGGCGAGGGAACGCUGAUCCAUCGGAUCACGAGUCAUCAGGAUGUGGGACGGCGGUGGUAUCCGGAGUUAUUGGAGUGGGCGUUGAAGGAGAGGCAGGGUAGUCAUUGA